AUGAAGGAGACGAAAGGAUUCAGAGUGUACCUGCCUAAGCGUGAGGUCGUGGUGACGGUGCAGCAUGUUAAGACACUAAAAAAAGAGCAGAGUGAGGACGGACGUUACCUGGAAGAUGAACGGCCAAGACCGAAGACACAGAACAACCGUUUACGGAAGGGAAUGACCUUUGCCUGUCGAGCGCACAACGAGUCGUGCAUGUGA